AUGAAAGAGAUGAAAGCAAUAGUGGAGUAUUUAGUUGAACACAAAGCUUAUUCAGAAAUAAAAGGGCGCAAAAUGUGGAUGGACAUGGCUAGUUCCGAUGUUACAAGCAGAACAUGGCAAAGUUUAAAAGAGACAUUUCUCAAGAGAAUAUUACCUGACAUUCACAAUCCUUAUUAUAAGCUGUCUACACAUCAGAUAGCAAGUUUUAAAAAUGGAAAUGAUAUAGAAGCAAAAUUAAAUAAUAAAUUGGAAAUACAGACAAUCAAUGUUGACUCAAGUAAUGAAGACACUGAGAAAAAUGGUAAGGACGAAUUACAGAAAGACAAUGAAAAUAUAGGAGAUGUACCAACAGGUGAGGAUCUCCAAAAAUUAAAUGCAAUUACCAGGGACUCUACUGAAACACUGAUAUUGGAAAACUGCUAUGAAACCGCUGAGGACAUUAAAAGAGAUUUGCAAUCACCCAACGAGGAUGAGGAAAAGGAAGAAGAUGCUCGCCCGAAAUCAUUGCGUGAUUUAAUAACAUAUUCUGAACCAGUAACUAAUUUGCUACAAAAUACUCUCGAUGAUUAUGGUACAGAUGAAGAGGAAUCAAACGGUGAGCCGCAGAUGCAAAUUGUUGAGAAUGAAGAAACAACUAAGAAAGACUCUAGCAAAGAUGAUGACAAUGAAAUACAAGAUUCAGACAGCGGAAAGGAAGCAAAUGUUGCAUCGAACAAACAAGUUUCUAACAAAGAGAAAGAAAACAAUAAGACUACUACAAAGAUAUCGGAAAAACAACCUGGAAAAGAUCAGUCCACUGAUAUAUUAACUGACAACCAUGUUGCCAAUAAAACAGUUGAAGAAGAUGCAUCAGACGCUAAGGCCCUAAAUGAGAAUAACCAAAGGAAAUCUGAUAUAACACAAAACAGCACAGCAAUUACUGAAUCUAUACCUAAUAAUCAAGAAGCAUUUCAAAAGAAGAAAGACGAUUCUCCAGAGGAAAAUGAAGUGUCAUCAACAAAGCAGAAUGAUAAUAAAAAUAAUAAUAAAAAUAACAGAAAGAGGGCAAGUUCACAGGAAAUUCCACAGAGAAAGGGUGUUAAGAAGAGUCAUUUGAGUUUACCCAAGCAAUCAAUAUCGGACUCAGAUGCUGUCACCAAAAGUAAAAACAAAAAGAAAUUAAAUCCUAAAACCAUUGAGAAGAAACUUAACCAAUUAGAUGAAAAAAAUGAACCUGUAAAUAACGGGUUUGCUUUAAUAGUUGAGGAGAAAGACAAAAACGCAGAACAAAUAACUGUUAAUGAAACAGAAAAAGCACAAGAUGUUGAAAUGUCCCCAGAGGUUGACAACCCCUGUCUUAAGAGCGUCACCGUCUAUGAGGAAGAAUUGUGCAACCAAACUAGAGACAGUCUGAAUGAAAAAAAUACGAAAAAAACUGAAUCUAAGAAUAAUAAGGAGUCAAAACUACUAAAUGAUAUUGUGAUACUCCAGUCUCAUUCAGAUUCAGCAAGUGAUAGUUCCAGAAAUGAAUUAACACCUCAAAAGAAGGAUAAGAAAGUUGUUACGAAGACAAGGGAGAAAGUUAUGGCUGAUGUUUUUGGAUAUUCCCGUGGUGUGCAUAAAAAUUCUAAAAGAACUGUGAGCUACCGGAAGCAUUCCACAAGCCACAAAGCACAUCGCAUUAGUUCUGGUUCUAGCGAGUGGACUUCAGAAACAAGCUCAGAAUUUAUUUCACCACCACGAGGUCGUAAGAACAGACACACGAGGAAAUAUUUGAAACCCAAGUCGGCCCGUAUUUUGUCCUUGGAUGAAGAGGGAGGCCUGUUUGUAAUGUAUGGUAAGAAGAUAUACCCAGUUGUUAAGGACGGAAAAAUUAUAAAAAACUACGUCACAUACACACCCGAAGAAGAAGUAGAGCAUGAUGAAUCAUUUUGGAAGCUAAAAUAUGUGGAAGAGAAAAAAAAGGCUGAUGAAUUGACAAAAUUGUUGAAGCAAAUAAAAGAUAAAAAAGAAAAUGUUGUCAAUCAAGUGCCUGCAUUGAACACAACUGAAAAUACAAUUAGCAAUGCAAAUCAACCAGAAGUACACAAUGCGAUACAAGAUAAAAAGUCAUUGGAAUCUCCAGUAGUGCAGAGUAAGAAUGACUCUGAAGAUAAGACUGUUAAAAUUAGAUUUACUAAGAAUAACGAGGAAGUCCAAUUGGAAGGUCAUUGGUCCCAUGUAAAUCCAAUUCUGACACAAAUUAUGCAGUUACUACAAAAAGAGUCUAACGAACCGAAAGGCAUUGUUGUGAAGGAGGACAAGACGGACUCGGUGACUGAGAGUAAAGAAAAAGUGGAGACUAAAACCGAAAUAAAUACACAACAAGUUGCAGUUAAAACUAACGCAACCGAGACUAACGUAACAAAUAAUCAAGACAUCAGCAGACAAUCGACGCCGAUCAUUCCGAUGGAUGUUGAAGAUGAAGUUAAGGAGAAGGUAAACAAAAUAGAACAGGAAAUUUUUAAAGAAAUAGAGGAGAGAGAUAUUGAGGAUUCGUCCAUUAAAACGCAAUCAUCACAACCAGAGGAAAAUAUCACGAAACGUCGCGGAAGACCUAGGAAGUCCUCCGCUAACGCCAGAGCCCCCGUCAGUCCGAAUAAAAAACUUAAACUGAACCCGGAAGUUAUAAAAGAGGAUCAACAAAAACCGGAAGCAAAUGACAAUUCUAAAGACAAGGAACCGGAAACGGACAAGAAGACAUCGGAAGCAAGGAAAACAAGAUCGCCCAAAAAAAGUUCAAAUGAACCUCCAAUGGAGACUAGAACGAGACAGUCUCUAUCAAGAAAGUCCAAGGAAAUUAAAACUCCAAAUUUAAACGAAUCUGAAACACGAUACAAAUUCCCAUCUCCGCCGCCGAGUAGAAAGACUAAAGUAUCGAAAAAUAAUAAAACAAAAGUUAGAUACUUGAUGCCAGAAUAUAAAGUACAUUCUUCACCAGAAAGUCGAUCAAUGUGCUCAAUAGACAGCACUCAAGGAUACCAAGACUCCGACGAAAGUCCAUUGAGAAUGUUACUUAGAAGGAAGAAAAGAAUUAGCCACACAAUGUUCUCGAAUAGGGGGAAAAAUAUACAUAGGUACAGAACAAAUUCACAUCCGAUUAUAACAGAUGAUGUUACCAGCGAAUCGAGCAGUUCCUAUGAAAAUCAACGUAUAAAGACAACGACCUUCGAAAAUUCAACUAUAAGUUCCGAAGUAUACAGAUCGGAGUCCUACCGCCUUUUGAUGAAUACAAAUUUGACGCAGAAUCGUACGAAAAUAAAUUUGGAGAAAAUUCCUGAAAGUCCAAAUAUAAUCGAACAAAAAGAUGUAAAUGCACAGACUUAUGGAGAUGUUUCUAGUAAUGUAGAAACUCAAAGCGGCAACAAGAUAGAGGGUAAUUUUAAAUCGCAAACAGAGGAAUAUAGUACGAGUAAUGUUUCCUUACCAACAUCUCCAGUGUUGUCCAUAGUAGAAAAUAUGUCCGUCAGCAAAGACUUACUAAGCAGCGUUGACGACUUUCCUAUUAGUGAUGACUUCCCCAUCAAUGAUGAAAUGCAAUAUAAUGACCAAAUAAUUCUUAACAAUUUCAUAAAAACUGAACCAGAUGUUUCCAUGCCUCUUAUGGAGCGAGAAUGUGCUAUAGAGACGAGUGGACAAAACGGAAUGGAAUAUCACUAUAACUUGAGUAACGUUAAACAUACACCGAUGUCCGAGACACUCAUAAAUAAAAUAAAUACAGUUCAAAUACAAGACCCUACAUUAACGGAUUCCAUUAACAAUAAACUGAAAGACUUAAUAAUAGAAAGCACUAAGAAAAACAUGAAAAUAAAUCAUGAAGUUGACCGAAACAACAAUAUCGAUGAUGUUAAUAUGGAUAGUAAAGGAAACAAAAGGAAAAGAUCACAAAAACGGAGUUCAACACCACGCAAACGUAAGAGCUCUCGCAGGCUACAUCUCGUAAAUAACGAGCCCUGUAUAGAAGAACAUACAGAAAGUUGUUCAUACAGCAGAAAGUCCUGUCCAGCAGUCGUGCAAAAUGUUGAAAAUGACUUAAACAUUUCCCAAAAUAUAGAUAGCGGAAAGACUAGAAGUAGAGUGAAAAAAGAUAUUAUUAAAGUCAAAAUAACAAAGCCAAGAACUUCUAAAGUAAUGCAUAAGAGCUCAUCAGAUAAUGAUCCUUCAAUUGCAAAUGAAGCAAAUGAUUCAGAAUCAGGAGUGUUCCUUCAAUGCUUUAAUGAGACCAUAGAUUUAAUUCACAAUCACUCCGAGACUUGUCUCAAUGCUCACGACUGUAUGGGAGACAGUGUACAGUUGUUAGACAAAACUGAAUCAGUUAUAUCUUCAGAUUCCAAACAAUCCGAUAAUAGCUCUACUAAUUGUAAACACAGUGAAGAUUUUAACGCUUUACAGUAUGAUUUGUAUUCUCACGAUGCUCAAGAUGGAUCUGAGCUUUUAAAAGAGAAAACUGAAUGUAGUACCGUAUUUCAUACACCGCUGAGCGGUGUCUCAGAUCAAAUCAGCCUCAUGACAGAAGAUUUAUCUGGGUUGUCAGAAGAUAAAGGUAUAAAAUCACCAAACAAGAAGGUACAAAGUUCUAAAUGGUAUCUUUUCUCAGAAGAUGAAACAACUAGUUCAAAUUUCUUUGAUACUAACCAGAAUUCAAAACAAGCUAUAGGGUGUGCAUCAAAUCUGGAGCAAAUAUUUCCUAUAACUUGUGCUGUACCCAACUUAUCUACAAUUACAGAAGUGUCCAAUCAAAAUGAAGAAAAUGCUAAAAAAUGUAGUAAAGCAGAAACCGAUCCUAGAAAUAAUUCCUAUUCUCAAGAAAUGUUAUUAUAA